CCUCUUCACUUUCUCAUCACUACAAGCUUCCACAGCACGCACAUCAACCCCUCGCAAACAUGUCCUGGCAAGAAUACGUUGACACCAGCCUCGUCGGCACCGGCAACAUCGACAAGGCCCUCAUCUGCGACGUCGAGGGCGCAACUGCCUGGGCCGCAUCCGCCGACUUCUCGCUUUCCGCUGAGGAGAGGGCUGCCAUCGCCAGGUCUUUCGGCGACAAGUCAGAGCCCAAGAAGGUCAUCUCGGAGGGUGUCAAGGUCAAUGGCGUAAAAUACAUGACCAUCGAGGCAAGCGAUGACUCGCUCAAGGCAAAGAAGGGCAAAGAGGGCGUUGUCGCCUUCAAGACCACCCAAGCCGUCAUUAUCGCCCACCACCCCGACACCAUUCAGACCCCCAACGCCUUCAACUCAGUAGUUGAGCUCGGCGAGUACCUGAAGAAGCACGGAAUGUAAAGCGCCUUCGAUUCGAGACUGUCUGUACUUUAGGGAUAUUUGCAUAACCAGUUGAGGAGCGAUGAAUGGCAUCAUGGGUGACUGCUCAUGGAUAUAGAUAUGAUUGACGAUGGACGAAAUAGCGAUAUUGAAGGAUCCUCUUCGAUACAAUGACAAACUCAACCCCUAAGGCCUGACCCUUUUUACUGCACUCUCAGACUGAUACUGUGAUUCACCCC